UCUUUGUUGUUUCCAUGUCAACAAAUGGCGUCGAGCAGGUGGUCAUUGCAUAGUUUUUUUGAUAAAACAAGGGUUUUUUUUCGAUGCUUCAAAAUACAGAUCACUAUGGAAUAAAAGAAAUUGUAUCAAAUUUGUAAAGUGAGAUGGCGACAGGAGGCUGGGGUAAGCGAGCAGCUACCCGGAUUGACAGGACUCAGUUUGAACAUGACGAGUUGCUCAAAUCGUUGGGCACACAGUUCAAUGUGGAUUUUACUGUGUAUGAACAGUGGCAAAGACAAACCAAGGUUGUGAGACCAUUUGUCAAACAAACAUCAGUUAGCGAAGGUACCUUUACUGUUGGACAUGUCAAGACGACAGAUUCACCCAAACAACUGACAACUCAGAAAGAGAAGAAGAUCGCUGCCAAGUUGGAGGAGGAUGAGAAGCGCCGACAGGAACGCAUGAAGAUAUUGAAGUUAAGACUGAAGACAAGAAAACAAACACUAGAUGAAUAUUUGAAAAGAUUUCAAACGCUUUUGGAUGAGAACAUUAAGCUGAAAGCAUUUAUAGAUGGAGAUGAAAAAAACACACAUGAUGGUGUGAAAAAAAUGUUGAGAAGAUAUGAAAAAUAUCGGGGAGGUAUGAUAACUUUAAAUACAAACUUCGUAAAAGAACUGGCUGAAGUGAAAACUGAUUUUGCGGAAACUAAGAAAAGACUUAAAACCGAUAUCACAGUUUUAGAGAAGCGCAUUUCAGAAGUUGACGUCAAACUUCAGGCCCAGCAUGAUGAAUUGAAAGUUUUGUUGAGUUACAAAGACAAGGAGUAUCCAGUAAAAGCGAUAAAGAUAUCAAAUCUUCAGAAGGAGAUCGAAAACCUCCGCGUAUCAAACAGGGAAGAGAUGGAAGAACUGGAACAUAUAAUUAAUACAGAAGUUACGAAGCAUGAGAAAUCAAGAAUACAGCUCACAAAUAAAAUUACAAGAAACGUAACAGAGGCUGAGGAGGAUGAGUCGCGAAGAGUAAGUUGCACAGAUUUUAACGAUGAGGGGGAGUGUUGUGUCUCACUGGAAAGGGCAAGUCAUAUCAUAGAGACUGCAGUUGAUAUGAUGCAUCCGAGUUUAAAGGAAAUGGCCUUACAAAACAUGGUGAUGACAAAGGAAAUAGAAUUUCAUUUGAAAGAGCAGGAAGAAGUGGAAAGUGCUAAUAAGGUUUUGGAAGAUAGUAUCAAGGAACUUCUACGAGAUCCAAAGACUAACACCAGACUUCAAAUGUUUCCCGAAUUCUUUCCUACUCGAGAAAAAUGUACUCCAGAUAUGGACGUAGUACUGGAUAUCCCAACAAAGGAAUGGCUGCCAAUCUGAACGUUCGACUCUUUAGUUCACUGGAGUCAAGCGAAACCUUCUGAAGAUUUCACAGUAUGUUCAGGUGGAAAAACAGACAACUUGUUCAUGCAAUUUGUUUCAAGGCAAUGAUGGUGUUUAUCACAUACAUGAAGAAAAAAAAAGAGAGAGUAUUUUUGCUGUCUUUCUGGAAUAUUAUUACUACCGGUAUUUGAGAAAUAUGGGUUACUAUGUACUCCACCGAAAUAUGAAAUGUGUAUAUUGUAUGUUGACAGUUAUUAGUAUUCAAAGAAUACUGGUUACCCUAUCUGUGAUUUGUGCACAAUCUGUCUGGAAUAUUAAAUAACUAUUCUAAAAAUAUUAGUUACCAUGAAUAUAACAGAAGUGUUAUUUGUGAAUUCUCCAUUUUGAAUGUUUUUGGUAUUGUUUAGAGAGUAAGUGAGACUUUGUGACAGUCUAUGAUGUUUUUUUGUUUGUUAAUUAUUCAAAAAAUAUUAGUUACAAUGAAGGUAACAGAAGUGUAAUUUGUGAAUUCUCUGUUUUGAAUGUUAUUAUUGUUGUUUAGUGAGUAAAUGAGAUCGUGUGAUUUGUGCAGUCUGUGAUAUUUUUUGCAGGGCUUGAACUUUAGAAUUUGUUUCCCAUGGCAAUUUUUAAAAGGGUGAAACAGUCUAAUGAUGGCAAUUUUGAGCCUGCCUAUGGCAAUUUUUUUUUUAAAGACAUUUGCAGAAAAUAAACCUGACUGAAAGGCUAUCUUGUUAUAUGU